UUCUUAGCUUGUCUUCCCUCGCCCUCCUCUCCCAUCCCACAAUACCCGACACCUCCCCAUUCUUCGCUAUUCUUUCUUCCCGCCUCUUUCUCCACACCUUCCGAUUGCACCAUUGCCGGUGUAGCCUGCCAUGCCUCCGGCACACACCUUCCCUCCCUCUCCCUGCACGAAGUGACCUGAGCCGUCGCCGCGGGAUGGGCCGCCACCCCUCCCUCUCCUCCAUCUCACGGUCCGACACCGAUCCGGAUCCCGACUGCCAUGCCGAGCUCGACUGCCCCUUCGGAAGGCUCGACACCCUCGGGCGGUCCGACCUCCGCGAGACGGCGUACGAGAUCUUCUUCAUGUCGUGCCGCUCGUCCCCCGGCUUCGGCGGCGGCAGCAGGAGCCCCCUGAACUACCUCCCGUCGUCGUCGUCGUCGCCGUGGUCGGCGGCGGCUUUUGACGGGGGCAGCGGUAGCGGAGGGGAGGGAUCUCCGAAGUGGGGGCCGGGGAUGUCGGUGCCGAAUAGUCGGAUCAAGAAGGUGCUGGGGCUGAAGGCGAGGCGGUCGUCGCCGAUGAGGACGGGAAUGACCCGCGGGCUUAACUCGCCGGGGAAGCUGAAGAGGCCGAUGACCUCCGCGGAGAUCAUGCGGCUGCAGAUGCGCGUGACGGAGCAUAGCGACCACCGGUUGAGGAAGACCCUCAUGAGAACCCUCGUCGGACAGAUGGGCAGAAGAGCAGAGACGAUCAUCCUUCCUCUGGAGCUCCUCCGCCAAUUGAAGCCCUCCGAAUUCAAUGACGCACGAGAAUACCACCAGUGGCAGAGGCGCCAGCUCAAGAUCCUUGAAGCAACCCUUCUCCUAUACCCUUCGCUCCCUGUGGACCGGCAAAACCCGGCGGCCAUCCGUCUGCUGGAGAUCGUCCGAGCCGGUGAGAUCAAACCCAUCGAUACCAGCAAGAACUCGGAAGUCAUGCGCAACCUCUGCAACUCCGUCGUCGCCUUGGCUUGGCGAAGCUCCGGUGGUGCCUCCACCGAAGUAUGCCACUGGGCCGAUGGCUACCCUCUGAACGUUCAUCUCUACCUCGCUCUCCUGCACUCCAUCUUCGACCUGCGUGAGGAGACCGUGGUGUUGGACGAGGUCGACGAGCUCGUCGAAUUGAUGAAGAAGACGUGGCCUUCCUUAGGGAUCAACCGGAUGAUCCACAACGUCUGCUUCGCGUGGCUGUUCUUCAAACACUACAUCGAAACAGGACAAAACGAACCGGACCUGAUGUGCGCAGCGGUGACGAUGCUGACCGAGGUCGCCAACGACGCGAAGAAGCCGGAUCUCGAAGCUAACUACGUGAGGCUCGUGUCUGCUGUACUGGUUGUGAUGCAGCGUUGGGCAGAGAGGAGGGUGUUAGACUAUCAUGAGUGCUUCGACAAGGAAACCACAGCAAGCAUGGAGCACAUACUCUCUCUGGCAGUCUCCACAGCGAAGAUCAUCGGCGAGGAUCUAUGCAACAGUGGGAUGGUCUUCGUCAUCCAUGACGGCGAGGUGGGGAUGAAUCCAUCCGGAAACAGGGUAGAUUACUACAUAAAGUCUUCCAUAAGGAGUGCAUUCACCAAGAUACUAGAGAAUGGAGCUGCACUUGAUGAGAGUAUGACGAUCAAAGCAGAUGAUGAACCAAGAAACAUUCUGGUCCAACUUGCAAGUGAUACGGAGGAACUGGCCGUGUUUGAAAAGGACGCAUUUAGCCCAGUGUUGAGGAAAUGGCACCCGCUCCCUACUGCGGCCGCGAUGGUGGCGAUCCACGGCUGCUUUGGGAUUGUGCUGAAGCAGUACUUGGCCAAGGUCACAAGCCUCACAACUGAGUUAGUCCGAGUCCUGCAAUCUGCCGGAAAGUUGGAGAAGCUCCUAGUGCAGAUGCUCAUGGAGGACUCCGCCGACUGCGAAGAUGGUGGGAAGGAAAUAGUGAGGCAGAUGGUGGCUUACGAGGUGGAUUCCGUCGUCGCAAACCUCCUCAAGAAUUGGAUGGAAGAAAGGUUGAGUAUGGGAAAGGAAUUCCUUAACAGAGCAAAAGAAACUGAGACCUGGAUGCCGAGAUCCAAGAAGGAGCCCUAUGCCCAGUCGGCUGUGGAUCUGAUGAAGCUGGCCAAGGUGACCGUGGAUGAGUUCUUUGAGAUCCCACUGGGAGUCAGAGAUGCCAUGGUUCAAGACCUUGCUGAUGGCUUGCAGACCAUCUUUCAGGAGUACACUGAGUUUAUUGGUGCAUGCGGGAUCAAACAACGCUACGUGCCCAGCCUUCCCCCACUGACAAGAUGCAACCAGGACUCCAAGUUCAUCAAGCUGUGGAAGAAGACGGCCUGCAGAGCCGGAGCCGGGCUCUUGCACGGAGAGGACGGCCCGAUUAACACGGGCCACCAACGGCCAUCCACAAGCCGAGGCACGCAGCGGCUCUACAUCCGCCUCAACACCCUUCACUUCCUCAUCGCCAAUCUGCAUGCCCUCGACAAGUCCCUCGCCUUCUUCUCCCGCGGCAGCCCGUCCCCCUCCCCGCGCCUCGGGAGCUCCAACCGCCGCUUCGGCGCCACGUCCAGCCACUUCGACCCCGUCCUCUCCUCGGCGCAGUACGCCAUCCAGUACGUGUCGGAGGUGGCGGCCUACCGCCUCAUCUUCCUCGACUCGCGUCACUUGUUCUACGACGGGCUUUACGUCCACAGCGUCGCCGAAGCGAGGAUGCGCCCAGGGCUCCGCAUCCUGAAGCACAACCUGACGCUGCUGGCGUCGAUCGUCACUGAACGGGCGCAUCCGCUGGUGUUGAAGGAGGUGAUGAAGGCGUCGUUCGAGGCGUUCCUGAUGGUGUUGCUGGCCGGGGGGAGCGAGCGGGCGUUCGCGCGGGAGGACUCCGAGACGGUGCUGGACGACUUCCGCGGCCUGAAGCGGGUGUUCAGCACCUGCGGGGAGGAGGAGGUGGGCCGGGAGGGGGAGGUGGUAGAAGGGAUCGUGACGCUCAUGGGGCUGCCGACGGAGAGGCUGAUCGAAGACUUCAGCAUCGCGGCGUGCGAGGCUAGCGGGGUCAGCGUCACUGGUGUCAGCGGGGAUGGAGUGCCGGUGGGUACGAAGGUGCCUAUGCCGCCGACAACAGGGAGGUGGAACCGGGCGGAUCCUAACACUGUGUUGAGGGUGCUGUGCCACAGGGACGACGAGCUGGCCAACCAGUUUCUGAAGCGGACGUUUGAUCUGGCCAAGAGGCGGUGAAGGUUCGGCAACGACGGACAACAACGAGAGUCAGUCAGAGGAAAGAGGAGAACAAGCAAACAGUCAAAAGUGUGUAGGUACAAAACAUAUUAUGCAUCCACUAUAUAUAUAUAUAUAUAUGAAGAGUGGAUAUACUUUUUUGUGAUAUGUGCAAUGGAUAUAAAUAAUAUUGUCAUAUACUCAUUC